AUGGAUUUCUCAGAAGGUGAAACACCCAGUGAAGGAUGCAUUGGAUCUAUCAUGAAGCAUCUGACAUCCACAACGUUUUUUCUUUAUCUCAGUCAUGCUCUUUCCACCUGGGGAGACCGGAUGUGGCAUUUUGCGGUAUCAGUCUUUUUGAUUGAACUUUAUGGUCACAGCUUGUUGCUGACUGCAGUCUAUGGGUUGGUGGUUUCUGGCUCUGUCCUUCUACUGGGAGCUGUCAUUGGAGACUGGGUGGACAAUAAUAAAAGACUAAAAGCGGCCAGGACAUCAUUGCUUGUACAGAAUGUCUCUGUCAUAUUCUGUGGGAUCAUCCUGAUGAUGGUUUUUAGAUACAAGGUUCAAUUAGCAACACAACACAACUGGGCCUUGACAGUUUGCUACAUCUUGGUGAUCAUUAUUGCAAGCAUUGCAAACAUUGGAAGUACUGCUACUGGCAUCAUCAUUGAAAGAGACUGGAUAGUUGUGGUAGCAGGUGGUGAUAAGUGCACCCUAGCAGGUAUGAAUGCUACUAUUCGAAGAAUAGAUCAAGUCACCAAUAUUUUGGCACCUAUGGCAGUUGGACAGAUAAUGACCUUUGCCUCACUCGAAACUGGCUGUGGUUUUGUGUCUGGUUGGAAUCUGAUGUCAGUCUGUGCUGAAUACGUCCUGUUAAGGAAAGUGUAUGACAUGACUCCGGAGUUAGCCAGCAAGACACCCCGGCAUGGAGAGGACUUGGAAAUGAAACAAUUCAAUGUACAGGAAUAUGAGAGUGUUAAAUCAAUGCCAGAGGAUGAAAAACCAGUUGAAUCUAACAGUACUAUAAUGGAGGAAGUUCCAGAUAUAUCAUAUCCUGAAAAAACAAACAGAACCAGUUGUGCUUCCAAAUUUGCUAGACCUUUUAAGACUUUUCAAAAUGGAUGGAUUCUAUAUUACAAACAACCAUUUUUUCUUGCUGGCCUGGCUCUUUCAUUUCUUUAUAUGACUGUUUUGGGAUUUGACUCAAUUACUGUUGGCUACGCCUACACAAAAGGUCUGAGCAGCUCUGUGCUUAGUAUUCUCAUUGGAGUAUCAGCCAUUGUAGGCAUACUUGGAACGUUGGCAUUCACGUGGUUCCAGAAGAGAUGUGGUUUAAUCCAGACAGGUGGUAUCUCUGGGAUUGGACAACUCUUUAGCUUAACAUUAUGUGUAGUAUCUGUUUUUAUGCCUGGAGGUUCAUUUGAUCUGUUAAGUACUUCAUAUACAAAUGUAAGCAACAAUGAAAUGAUUGAAGAAUCUUCCAUUUCUACAUAUGUACCAUAUGUACGGCUGGAAGCAAAUUUAACAGAAAACUCUUCCAAUGCAUCUUCAGUAUUAAAUACAGGCCCAGCAUUUAAUUCCAGAAAAGAAGAUUUCUCCUCAGUAAUCCUGCUGUUCACUGGUGUCAUUGCUGCAAGAGCUGGUCUCUGGUCUUUUGAUUUAACAGUCACCCAAUUGAUUCAAGAGAAUGCAAAGGAGUCAGAGAGAGGCAUUAUAAAUGGUGUUCAGGAUUCUAUGAACUGCCUUCUGGACAUGCUCCAUUUUGUAAUGGUAAUCAUCGCUCCAAAUCCAGAAUCAUUUGGUCUGCUUGUGCUAAUCUCAGUCUCAUUUGUUGCUAUGGGACAUAUUAUGUAUUACUGCUAUGCAUACAAAACACUUGGGAAACAUCUGUAUAAUUUAUGCUAA